AUGACACCACUACCGCAGUUCUAUGCUAAAGAACUUCACGAUGCUAUUGCGGGAAUAGGCACGGACGAGGACGUGCUCAUUGAAGUUAUGUGCACGAUGUCUAAUCAUGAGAUCAACGUCAUCAAGCAGGCGUAUACUGCAAUGUAUGGGAAUCUCCUCGAGGACGACCUACGCAGUGACACAUCGGGGAACUUCAAGAGGCUGAUGACGUCAUUGUCUAUGGGCAACAGAUCUGAGGAAUUCCACGUGGACCAGGAGAGGGCCAGGGAAGAUGCCAGGAGUUUGUUACAAGCCGGUGAGCUCCGUCUCGGCACUGACGAGUCCAUCUUCAACGCAGUACUAUGCUCAAGGUCAUUCCCACAGCUGAUGGCGAUAUUCCAGGAGUACCACUUCUUGACUGGACAUGACAUCGAUGACGCCAUUAAAGCCGAGUUCUCGGGUGACCUUGAGAAGGCGCUUAGAGCUAUUGUAAAAAUCGUGCGCAACAAGCCUCUGUUCUUCGCUGAACGUCUGCAUAAGUCGAUGAAGGGUCUCGGCACCAAUGACCGCCAACUCAUUCGCGUCAUGGUCACGCGAUGCGAGAUUGACCUCGGCGAUAUAUCCGACAUGUUCCAGAGCAAAUAUGGCGAGUCCCUGCAGAGCUGGAUUGAGGGUGAUUGCUCCGGUCAUUACAAGAAAUGUUUGUUAGGUCUUCUCGGCCUCUACUGA